AUGGACGCGGUGGUGGCGAUGGACAAUGGAGUGGUCGACGAGGUCGAUGCCGGGCUUGAACGAGGUGAUGACCCGCAGGCAGGCGCCGAAGAGGAGGAGCCUGUGACGCCACCACCACCGGCGUAUGAGCGACCGGCGCUUGCGCUGCCACAUUCAACAUGGGUCGAGCUGAGACUGAGGCUGGUCUUCCCGCAGGGCAUUGUGUGGACCAAGCGGGUGAAUCUGGCGGCGACAGUGGCGGAGAUCAAGCGGUUCCUGGUGCGGAAGCACGGCAACUCGGUCCGGAACAUCGCGCUGUACAACGGCGAGCGGGCACCAGAGAACGAGCUUUGCGACGAUGCGGCAUCACUGUAUGGUGCUGGCGUUGCGGUAUCGUCGGCGGUGGGCGCCCGCAACAACGCGACCGUCGACGCGCCGGCUGCCGACAAGCUCGCUGUCUUUGCCGCCUACGAGACAGCAGUGGCAGAGGCUGUGGCGUUCUCGGGCAAGACCGGCAAGAAGGGCCGCCGAAAGGGCAAGCGGGGCAAGAAAAAAGGCGCUGCCAAGGGCGCUGCCUCGCCAGCAAGCAUGGCAUCGCCCGACCCGGUUCAGCUCACGCACCGCCUACCGACUGCCCCAUCGCCCGGUGACGCGCUGCCAGCGGUGGACCUCUGGUACGACUUUGACAUUCCGCGCCAGCACUGUGCGCUUGUGCGGCGGCCUCCGGAUCUCUCGGUGUAUAAUCUGGCGUCUGCAGCGCAGAAACCCGUCGAAUCCGCCGCAGCCCGCUCCUCGCUCCUGGGCAGCACCCGAUCGCGCCUCCUCCGCCCGCGAUCCGGCCCCAUGACAGCCGAGACCGGCCCAAAGGCUAUCGGGACCGAUCCCAAGGUAGCCGGCUCCGGCUCCAGAACAGCCGGGAGCAGAGGCUCGCCGCUUCUCACUUCAUAG